AUGUUUGAGGUGUAUGUACACCCCGCUGCAGAGGCCGACGCCGCGCUCGCCGCCUACGGAGUUUUGGGGGCUCAGAAGAUUCUGCAGAAGUCCAUGGCUGCAGCAGCAGACCCCGCUGCUGCAGCAGCAGCAGAUCCCGCUGCUGCAGCAGCAGCUUCCGCUGCUGCAGCAGCAAGUUCCAUCAUUGCAGCAGCAAAUGACUUCGCGUUGGAGGCCGAGGGAGCUUUGCUGCCCAGCUCGGGGUCUGUCGAGACAGUCGAAAUAACCAGAUGGGCCUACCGGACCAUCAACUUGCUUCGCCGCGCUGUGCACAAGUUCAGCAGCAGCAGCAGCAGCAGCAGCAGCAGCAGCAGCAGCAGCAGCAGCAGCAGGGGUCGUGUGGAGUUUCUGCGGCUCCUGAGGGAGGCCCAGAGGUCUAUAGAGGAAGUCUGCGCUGAAGACCAGCUUUAG